AAAGGAAGAAGAGUCUGAUCACGUGACCGACAACCCAGUUUACAUCCAUGCGCACGUUAAAAUAUCGUUAAAAACGCCUGAACUCAGCGACAUAAUUAAACGGCAGCUGAAAACCUCAGUUGGGGGUCAAAAAUAAAUAAAAAUGCGUCGUUUGGGCUCCGUUCAGCAGAAGGUACCGUGUGUUUUUGUUACGGAGGUGAAGGAAGAACCGUCCAGAAAACGGGACUGUCAGCAAUUUCAGGUCAUUGCCAGUGAAAAUGUGAACCCCAUCGCUCUGGAGGCCAACAUUGAUUGUGCGCUGGCCACAGAAAAACUCGAUGGCACCUGCUGUUAUGUUUCACUAUAUAAAGGCCAACCUUACCUGUGGGCUCGACUGGACAGGAAACCAAACAAGCAGGCAGAGAAGAGGUUCAAAAAGUAUCAGCAUGUUCACAGGAGCUCUAAAGGUUUCACAUGGAAUGUAGAAGAAGAUUUUAAGACGGUGCCAGAGACGUGGAUCCCAGCCCACAGAGUUAAACAUCACAACGGCUAUCCAGUCCCUGAUGAGCAUGGACACAUUCCAGGCUGGGUUCCUGUGGAGAAGGACAACAAACAGUACUGCUGGCACUCCUCUGUGGUGGAUUAUGAAGUCGGGGUGGCUAUAGUUCUCAGGCCCAGCGCUGAUGAUGAAGAUGUCCUAGAAAUCGCUGCUGUACCACUGGGCGACCUCCUGGAACAAACGCUGGAGCUGAUAGGAACCAACGUCAAUGCAAACCCUUAUGGUUUGGGGAGUAAAAAGCAGCCAGUCCACUUCUUGGUGUCACACGGGAGUGUUAAAAUCAGAAACCCUCCACCAGUCGAUUUCCAGCAGCUCUGCACCUGGUUCCAGGAGAGUCCAGAGGGCCGAGUCGAGGGCAUUGUUUGGCACUGCAAUGACGGCACGCUUAUAAAAGUUCAUCGUCAUCACCUUGGACUACGGUGGCCUGAUGGGGAAACAUGUCUAGCUGAAAAGUCGGUGCUUGUUCAUGUUGACGGGACAGUUGAUGAGUACAACAACAGCAAAGACUUGUUUUCAUCCUUCUCUGCACUAAAUGGACAAUGUUUCAGCCGACUGCAGGAGGUCCAGUUUGACUUGUAAACAGUUUUUUUUUUGCAGAUGGAGUGACUGUAAAGACUUGUAAAUUCAGAUGUUUUCAACAGUUAUUAUUUCAGGGAUGUUUAUCACAGCCUGGUAACAGUUUAAUGUUUACUUUGCAGAUGAUUCAUGCUUCUGCGUCAGAUCUAAGCUGUAGCAUACACCGUAGAUCCAUGAAAACCUGAAGCCUAAGCAGAAGCGUAUCAGCGUAGCUAACAUGCACCUCCUUUAAAAUGCUGUGCUGAAAUGACGCAGCAAUAAUGCCAAUAAUGUUUAUGUUUAUGUUUAUAGGCAUGGUUAUACAUACACUAGAGUAAUAUAAUGGUAAAAAACAAGCAGGAAAUGCUGCACCAGGCCAGCACUGGCAUAAGAAUGCACUGCUGAGUAGCAGGCAAGUAUGUAAGGGCAUAGGCCACCACAUUAUAGCUAUGAUGCAGAAGCAUAAACCAGAUUGUAGAUUAAAACGACCAACUGGACACUUGGAACACUUUAAGUUUCUAAAUAUUGAAUUAAUAUACUGUAAAUAAUAAAUAUAACUCUGUAUUGCUAGGCAAAGAACAAAUAGUGAGUGUGUAAACAUUAAUGCUUAAAAUAUUUUCCAUCAA